GACCAUGAAAAAUGAUAUCAUAGACUAUAGUACCAAAUCAACAUUAUUAAUUUGUACUACUAUUUUAUAUUCAUAUUCUUGUCUAUAGUUUUUGGAAAAUUGUUAUAUACCAAACCAAAACCAUAAGAUAUUUCCCAUCAUUCUCGUGAACACUCUCUGGCUCACUAGCCAAUAAAAGCAACUACAAGUCACAACACUACUCACUAGCUAGAUCACAUUCCACACUCACAUUUUUGGCCUUAAGUUCCCAUUUCCAAUAAUCUAAAUCUCAUUCUCAUAAACUUAGCUCAAAUUAUUUUUAUAACAUAUAGUUCUUAUACUAUAGUUUGCUUGGUAUUGUUGCUUUUCAUAUUCCUACUUCAUUGUGAGGUUACUCAAAAUUGAAAUCAAAUCAAAGUAUACUUUUUUGAGUUUGGCUCUUUACAAGAACUUGAAUUCUUGAUCCAUCACCAUCAAAAUGGUGUCUACUUGUGUGAACUUUAAGGCUAAUACCCAUAUAGCAAAUUUGAAGAAAGACAAUAUUUUUCGUCAAGAUAAUGGUUUUCUAGGUGAGAGAAUCAAAGGGGGUGUGAAUUAUAGUCCAUGGAUCAUUAAUGAUCAGUUGGGAAUAAGUUUGAGAACUAAGGAAAGGGUUAAGAAGCACAAACCUGGUGUUGUAUCUGCUGUUCUUACAUCAAAUAAUGCCAAUGAGACUGUGACCUUUCAGGUUCCAUCUUUUUUGAGAAGAAAAGCUGACCCUAAAAAUGUUGCUUCCAUCAUAUUGGGAGGAGGUCCUGGUGUUCACCUUUUUCCUCUUACCAAAAGAGCUGCUACACCUGCUGUACCUGUUGGUGGAUGUUACAGGCUUAUAGAUAUUCCAAUGAGCAACUGCAUCAACAGUGGCAUCAACAAAAUAUUUGUAUUGACACAGUUCAACUCAGCAUCACUAAACCGUCACAUCGCUCGCACUUAUUUUGGAAAUGGCAUCAACUUUGGGGAUGGAUAUGUUGAGGUUCUGGCGGCUACUCAAACACCAGGAGAAGCUGGGAAGAAUUGGUUUCAAGGAACAGCAGAUGCUGUGAGGCAAUUUACAUGGGUUUUUGAGGAUGCCAAGAACACUAACAUUGAGAAUGUAGUAAUCUUGGCUGGUGAUCAUCUAUACAGAAUGGAUUACAUGGACCUUGUGCAGGUAUUCAACUUAUUUGUUUCAUAUGUUGGAUUAUUUUAUUUCUUCAUUUCAUUUUCAGUUUUUUCUGAUUAUCUUGUAAUAUAUGAACAGAGUCACAUUGACAGAAAUGCAGAUAUUACAGUAUCAUGUGCUGCCGUAGGCGACAGCCGUGCAUCGGAUUAUGGAUUAGUCAAGGUAGAUAGCAGAGGUCGCAUCGUCCAAUUUUCAGAGAAACCUAAGGGAGGUGAUCUUAAAGCAAUGCAAGUAGAUACCUCUCUUUUCGGAUUGUCGCCCCAAGAUGCAUUAAGGUCGCCAUAUAUUGCAUCUAUGGGAGUUUAUGUAUUCAAGACUGAUGUUUUACUCAAGCUACUGAAAUGGAGGUAUCCCACAUCCAAUGACUUCGGAUCUGAAAUCAUUCCAGCAUCUGUUAAGGAACAUAAUGUCCAAGCAUUUUUCUUCGGAGACUAUUGGGAAGAUAUUGGAACAAUAAAAUCAUUUUAUGAUGCUAACAUGGCUCUUACUGAAGAGAGUCCAAUGUUCAAAUUUUAUGAUCCCAAGACACCCAUUUUCACAUCUCCGGGAUUCUUACCACCGACAAAGAUUGAUAAAUGCAGGAUUGUGGAUGCAAUAAUCUCGCAUGGCUGUUUCCUAAGAGAAUGUAGUGUGCAACAUUCCAUUGUGGGUGAACGUUCACGAUUGGAUUACAGCGUUGAGCUCCAGGACACUAUAAUGAUGGGAGCAGACUAUUACCAAACUGAAUCUGAAAUUGCUUCUGAGCUGGCAGAGGGAAAGGUUCCGAUUGGGAUUGGAAGGAACAGCAAAAUCAGGAAUUGUAUAAUUGACAAGAAUGCUAGGAUUGGGAAAGAUGUCAUCAUCAUGAACAAAGAUGGUGUUCAAGAAGGAGAUAGACCGGAAGAUGGAUUUUACAUCCGAUCAGGAAUCACAAUCGUAAUGGAGAAGGCCACAAUAGAAGAUGGCACUGUCAUAUAAAUGGCUGGCAUGUUCUGGUUGUCACUUGUCAGGAGAAACAUUCCAAGGAGCACCUUGAAUUUUGCUAAAUGCGUAUGUGUGCGUGCGGGGGUGCUCGCAAAAUAGAAGGCGUCCUCCCACUACAUGUAAAAAUAGAAUGAAUAAAUAAAGUGUGAAUGUAUUGUAAAAUCAAUAUGCAAAUAAAUAAAUAGUGUUUGUGGAAUAUCA